AUGGACUUUCGUCAGUACAAUGGGCAGAAUGGCGACCAACAGGACCAAAAGCUCUAUGAGGAGGUCUUCCAAGAGAAUGGUCGAUGGUAUGGAACAUUCAAAAAGGGCAGUUACCUCUUCCCCAUUGACGAGAAAGAAUGUGAGAGGCUAGAUGUUUUUCACAAGAUCUUCCUGGUUGCACGUGGAGAGGAGCUUCAUAAAGCGCCAAUUCCUCCCGAUGCUCCCAAAGUGCUGGAUCUCGGCUGUGGAACAGGUAUUUGGAGCAUCAACAUGGCAGAUAAAUACCCCGGAGGGACUCACCUUGGACUAGACUUGAGCUACAUUCAACCUGAGUAUAUCCCGCACAACCUGCGCUUCAUGCAAAGGGACGUCGAGGCUCCAUGGGAAGGACUUGAACCAGGCUCCUGGGACUUAAUUCAUGCACGCACCCUGAACGGAAGCAUUGGCAACUGGCCCAGAGUGUACGCCGAGGUGUAUCGGCACCUGAAACGAGGUGGCUAUUUCGAGCAGGUCGAAAUUGACUUCUAUCCUCGUUGCGAUGAUGGGACCUUACCGAGAAAUGCCUUCAUAACGCAAUGGGCCAAUGAACUUUUUGACGCCAUGGAUUAUUUUGGACGCCCAUUGCGCAUGGACAGCAACCUCACCAAACAGUGGUUAGUGCAGGCUGGAUUUUCGGAAAUCAAAGAGGAAGUCAUCAAGCUUCCUCUCAAUGGAUGGCCAACAGACAACAACGGUAGGGAAUUAGGACGAUGGUUCAAUCUUGGGAUGUGUCAGGCCUUCCAACCCCUCAGCCUAGCACCGCUAUAUCGGAGUAACCGGCGCUCGGUCGCCGACAUCUACGACAUGGCAGAGAAAGCCAGAGCUGAAGUCUUCAGCACUCAGGUUCAUGCUUACUGUAAUCUGUAG